AGAAUCCAUACCGGAGAAAAACCAUUUAAAUGUAAUGCUUGUGGCAAAGUCUUUACCGAGCGUUCAAACCUCACUCAACAUAAAGUAACCCAUUCCAGAGAUAAACCGUACAAAUGUAAUGAAUGUGGGAAGGAUUUUCCCACACGUUCACACCUUUGGGGUCACGAGCGAAUCCAUACUGGAGAGAAGCCUUACAAAUGUAGUGACUGUGGUAAAGGCUUUACCAGGAGUUCAAAUCUUACUCAACAUAGAAGAAUCCAUACCGGACAGAAACCGUAUCAAUGUAAUGUAUGUGGCAAGGCCUUUAUUCAAAAUUCAGGCCUUACGGUUCAUCGGAGAAUUCAUACUGGGGAGAAACCUUACCAAUGUAAGGAAUGUGGCAAAGCCUUCAAGCAGUACUCAAGCCUCACUCGACAUCAGAAUAUACAUCCUGGAGAGAAGCCACACACGUGUAAUGUGUGUGGUAAGGCUUUUAUCAAACGCUCACACCUUUGGGAUCAUGAGCGAAUGCACAGUGGAGAGAAACCAUACAAAUGUGUUGUAUGUAGCAAGGCUUUUAGGCAGCGGUCUGACCUCAGGAUUCACCAGAGAAUUCACACUGGAGAGAAACCUCACAAAUGCAGUGAGUGUGGUAAAUCGUUUGCACAGUUCUCACAGUGGACAAAGCAUCAGAUGAUUCAUUCUAGAGGGAACUGA